AUGCAGAUCCGGCAGCGAUUGCUGCACCCUGACGAAGACUGGGAAAACCACCGACCCGAGAUCGAGAUCCGAAACGGACUGCGGUGGGUGCGACCAUACGAGACAACGAUGCUCGCCCACGUGAAGGCCGCCUGGAGCGGGCGGCCUCUGCUCGAUGUGCUGAGCAGCAACUACGACCGCUUCCCGCCCGAGUACUGGCGAGAAGCCGUGCAGGACGGCCGGAUCACGCUGAACGGUGCCAAGGCGGACCAGGACACCGUCGUUCCGGCCUCGGGCCACAUCUGCCAUCGGUUGCACAUGCACGAGAGCCCCAUCGCGGCGGAUCCCAUCGACAUUCUACAUGCCUCCGACCAUCUCGUCGUCGUCAACAAACCCGCCGGCGUACCGAUGCAUCCGGUGGCGAUGUACCGACAUAACACCCUGGAGUGGAUCUUGGCUCGCGAGCACCAGAUACGGCCCGUCUUCAUGGUGUCGCGUCUGGACAUGCCGACGUCGGGUCUCGUGGUGAUUCCACGCACGCCCGAGAUGGCCCGCACCCUGCGCGAUCAGCUCACCGCGCACCGAGUCACCAAGAAAUACUACGCCCGGGUCGUCGGCCGCUUCCCCACUGAGGCGCAGGAGUGUUCGGUGCCGCUGCAGUACGAGGGCAAGCGGAGGACCACGCAAACCUCGUGCACCCCUAAAAUGUCGAAUAACGUUCAGGCGUCGGGCGAGGGCAAGUCGGCGCAGACACGGUUUGUGGGUCUGUCGUACGAUAGCACCACCGACACCUCGCUCGGUGGCGUGCGAGCACGAAAGGUGCCGCGCGUGUGGCUCCACGCCAUCGCCUACACCGGACCCGACUGGCACUUCGAGUGUCCGCCACCACCCUGGGCGCAGUAA